AUGGCCAACGCGCUAUAUAAGUACAGUCCAUUCACAUUUCUAUCUGUCAUUGUUAUUCUUCUUUUCAGAGGUCCAGGCAAGGUUCUCCUCUAUUACCGUUACUGUCAAAUUGACGAUCCACAUGUCAUCUGUGCUUGGCAGAGAGCUUUGUGUGAGAAGCUGCACUUAACUGGCAAGGUGAGGGUGGCGACUGAAGGCAUCAAUGGAACAGUCGGAGGCACCAACAUGGCGACCGACGCUUACAUCGACGCAACGCGAUCACACCCUCUCUUCAAGAUGGAAAAGGAUGAUUUUAAGACAAGUGAUGGUGGUGCAGAGUGUUUUAAAGACCUGAGGGUCGGAGUCUAUAAGGAAAUCGUCCCAAUGGGAAUGGAUCCUGAUGUGGUGUCCUACCAACUGGCAGGAGUUCAUCUGGAGCCGGAGGAGUUUCACAAAGAGGUGGAGGCUCUCUUGGCUAAAGCGGACGAGAACAAUGACACCAUCCUCCUGGACUGCCGCAAUUUUUAUGAGAGUAAAAUUGGCCAGUUUACUCAGUGUCUCGCCCCGAGCAUCCGUAAGUUCAGCUACUUCCCGGACUACGUGGACCAAAACCUGGAUCUGUUCAGAGACAAGAGGGUGUUGAUGUACUGCACCGGGGGGAUCCGCUGUGAGCGCGGCUCUGCCUACCUCCGCUCCAAAGAUGUUUGUAAAGAGGUGUACCAGCUGAAAGGUGGAAUCCACAGAUAUCUGGAACAGUUCCCAGAGGGUUUCUACAGAGGAAAGCUUUUUGUGUUUGAUGAACGCUACGCCAUCUCCUCAAACAAGGACAUCAUCUCAGAAUGCAGAUACUGCGGCUCUCCCUGGGACCGGUACCAGCUCUGCUCCACCCGGUUCUGCUGCCAGCUGGUUCUGUCCUGUCUCGGCUGCAGACAGGACGGACGCACCGCCUGCUGCCCCGCCUGCCAGACCAAGGGACAGAACCAGAGCCAGGCGUCUGGUCCGCAUCACAAAGAGGAGUGUGAGUGCACUGAAGGACGUCCCAGAAUCCCUCAGGAUGCGUAGCAAUGGAGACGCUACGACUGGACAGGGGCUUUCCACCACGUGAAUAAUGAUGCCUGUCCAAGAUUAUAAAUCACAGCUGAAAUUAGAGGAUGGGGCCCAGUUCAUUCACUUUUUUAUAUGAAUAUUGGGAAUUAAGUCAGAUGUAUUGUUUAUUAAAGGAGUUUUAUUCUUAAGAAAGUCAUCUGUGAAGCUGAUACCAAAUGGAAACAAUUUUAAUUUGUUUUUUAAUUGAGAAAAUAUAAGAAUGCAUCUGCAAAAUCAAUGAUUUUUUUUACAUGGAUUUUCUGAAUCUGGAAUGCCUCAUCAAUAAUCAAAUCUGAGUUCCAGGUGAUAUAAACUUAUUAUUUUC